GCGCCCUGGGUUCGCGGCACUCGGGACAGCGCGUGAGUCCUCGUCCUCAUUGUCGCCAUGCCCGCCGACAUCAGCCAGUGGUCCGGGCCGCUGAGCCUGCAGGAGGUGGACGAGCGUCCCCAGCAUGCGCUGCGGGUCGCCUACGCCGGGGUGGAGGUGGACGAGCUGGGCAAAGUGCUGACGCCCACCCAGGUUCAGAAUAGGCCCAGCAGCAUUUCGUGGGAUGGCCUUGACCCAGGGAAACUCUACACCCUGGUCCUCACCGACCCAGAUGCUCCCAGCAGGAAGGACCCCAAAUUCAGGGAGUGGCACCAUUUUCUGGUGGUCAACAUGAAGGGCAAUGACAUCAGCAGCGGCAAGGUCCUCUCCGAUUACGUGGGCUCUGGCCCUCCCAGUGGCACAGGCCUCCACCGCUACGUCUGGCUGGUGUACGAACAGGACAAGCCACUGAACUGUGACGAACCCAUCCUCAGCAACAGGUCAGGAGAUCAUCGCGGGAAGUUCAAGGUGGCGGCCUUCCGCAAGAAGUAUCACCUGGGAGCCCCGGUGGCGGGCACAUGUUACCAGGCAGAGUGGGAUGACUACGUGCCCAAGCUGUAUGAGCAGCUCUCUGGGAAAUAGAGGAGCCGUGGAGGCCAGCGGUCCUGGGGACCCCCACAGUAUUAUCAAGUUGUGCAAAGCAUGCUGUUUCUCCUCCUUCCUUUCUACCCCCUCGCAGGGAGUCCUGAGCUGUGCUAGGAUAGAGGUGUAGGGUGACUUCCCACUGCCCAUCCUUAGGAUUCUAAUAAUCGUAUCCAGGUUUAUGUUUGCUUGAAUUUAGUCUCCAUCUAGGGGUGUUUGGUGUUCUGAUGGAGUGCUUGUGUUGUUAAAGAUUUGCAACUCUGGAAAGUAAAGACACUCUGCCCCAUGUGAGGGUGAGGGCUAGUGUUGUCUGUACAUGGUUUGACAGGGACUCGCCCAGAACUAGGCAUGGUAGCAUCUUCUGAGAUGUGUUUUUGAAGUUCUGUCCCCAACUGGGACAACACAAGGCUUCCAUCUCAGCUGGGGCAGGCGGCUGCACAGGUGCUGGCGUCCUGUAGCUCUAAGGCACAGGGCUACUGUGCUGAGGCAAGGCCCCAGAGAGAGGGCUAAGCCUUGCUUCUCAGUAGUAUGAGCAAACGUUCCUGGAGUUGCUAGGUGUGUUAAUCUUGUCUGUACAUAAUCAAAUAAAAAUAAAGGCAUUGAAUUCAGGCA